CUAUGUUCCAUAAUGAGUGUACGUUACUUUCUCCCAUAAAUUCAAAUUUUUAAAUGGGAUGAGAGAGACCAGCUCAGAUUUUAACCAACCAAGACUCCAGCUUUUCCCCCCUGUAAUUCCAAUCAAAUCGAAGCCCAAUUAUCCACAGAUCCAGAUUUGUAUAACAUAGCAACAACCACCAUCUUCUUCUUCUUCUCCAUCUUCUCUUUUUUUUUUUUUUUUUUUAAAUUUAAAGACAGGGCAGCAGAAGCAGCAGCAGCACUACCACCUUUCACUGGUGGAACCCAUCAAGCAUCAGCAGAAGAUUCUCAAAAUUCUCUUCUCUAACUUGAAACAAUUAAAAAUCCCAAUAAAAUCAAAAACCCAUAAUUUAAAAUCCAAAAAGCAACUCAAAUUCUGAUGCAAUUCGUUCCCAUGGUGCUUGUUAUGUAGCUGAAAAUGACACUGCCGCUAUAGCAUUUAGUCUCUAAAUGCAGAAAGAAACGCCAGAAUGUUGUGCAGAAAGAGUGUCUGCACUGAGGACGGUGGAUCGGUGUCUGUGUACCUCAACGUCUACGAUCUGACACCUUUCAAUGGCUACGCUUAUUGGCUUGGCCUUGGAGUUUACCAUUCUGGUGUACAGGUUCACGGUGUUGAAUAUGCAUUUGGAGCUCAUGAGUAUCCAACAACUGGAAUUUUUGAAGGAGAACCAAAAAAGUGUGAUGGGUUUACAUUUAGAAAAUCAAUUCUGAUUGGGAAAACGGAUGUUGGACCUUUAGAGGUGAGGGCAGUGAUGGAAGAGCUUGCAGAGCAAUACAAAGGAAAUGCCUACAAUUUGAUCACUAAAAACUGCAACCAUUUCUGCAAUGAUGCAUGUGUUAGAUUGACUGGAAAUUCAAUUCCAAGUUGGGUUAAUCGUCUUGCCCGAAUUGGCUUCCUCUGCAAUUGUGUUCUUCCUGUGACUAUAAAUUCAACAAAAGUUCGACAUCAUCGUAUCGAAGAUAAGGCAGAUGAAGGAGACAAGAAGAAAUUAACAAGCCAGUCAAACAAUUUGGCAACGUCUUCUAAUUCUUCUUCAUCUCCAUCAUCCUCUCCUUCUGGCACAACAACCCGGAGGGGAAGAAGCAGAACAAGACGCGCUCGUCCUCCAUCUUCGCCUUUGAUGAUUGGUUCUUCAUCCUCUUGAUGGUUGAGAUUUGCAGCACAGUUUUUCAUUUUCUCAAAUUUUGCUUAAAGGAAAGAAGCAAAGUCAGAUUCUUGUUUCUACUUAUUUUCUUCAUUCUUUUGCUGUGCUCUUAAUGCUAACAUCUGUGUACAUGUGCAUGCUUCAAUAUUUUGGCAAGUGAUCAUCUGUCUCUGCAAAAUUAUUCAAGUUGGCCUCAUCUUGUUUGGUUUUCUUGUGGUACCUGGCUCAACAUUUACGUAUCAAAUUGUCUUCCUUGGACA